AUGACUCGCAACUACGAGGAUGCAAUCACGGCGCUCAAUUCGCUGCAAUCAAACUUCGCGAUUGUGCAGGAGGUGGCGAAAUCAGUAUCGAGGGUUGAUAUGAACCUGCGAUCGAUUCCGGAGACUGUCGAGUGGCUCCGUCGCAUCGGGUACAAGCCAUCCGAUUUGAACCGUAUGAAUCCUGUCCAUGUCGCGGGAACCAAGGGUAAAGGCUCCACGUCCGCGUUCAUCGCCUCCAUCCUCUCGCAGUAUACUGCCGCCCAGUCGAACGACACCUCUGCGAAACUUAACAAAGUCGGUCUAUACACCUCGCCCCACCUGCGAUUUGCCAGGGAACGUAUUAAGAUCGACAAUGAACCCUUAUCGGAGGAAAAGUUUGCAAAAUAUUUCUUCGAGGUCUGGGAUCGCCUGGAGGAUGCCGCGCGGGCGGCUGGCGAGGACCCGGCCGAGCGACGGACCAAGCCGCAGUACUUCCGGUAUUUGACGCUCAUGGCUUUCCACACGUAUUUGAGUGAAGGCGUUGAUGCUGCUGUAAUUGAAUGCGGAAUUGGCGGCGAAUACGACUGCACCAACGUACUCGAAAAGCCAGCCGCAGCGGCCAUCACAAGUCUGGGAAUUGACCACACAAAUAUUCUGGGGACAACCAUCGAAGAGAUUGCCUGGCAUAAGGGCGGAAUCAUCAAACCUGGUGUCAAGGCCUUCAGCGCCCCGCAACCCGGCGGCGCGGAAAAGGUGCUGCAUGACCGUGCGGCCGACAAGAAAACGGAGGUCGAGAUUGUUUCAGGGCAUCCCGAUUUGGUUCGCGGUGGUGAUAUCAAGCUUGGCCUCGCGGGUGACUUUCAGUACACUAACGCGGCCAUUGCUGUUGCAACGGCUGCGGAGUUCCUUCGCAAGGUUGGAAUUGAGGACGUCCCGGCAGAUAUCCUUUCUAAACCAUUACCACCCAAAUUCCGCAAGGGUCUAGAGACAGCUCGAUUGGGUGGUAGGUGCGAGACGAGAUAUGAAAAGAAUAUCGCAUGGUACAUUGAUGGAGGGCACACGUUGGAGAGUAUCAAGCUGGCAGGCCAGUGGUUUGCCUCUCAGAUCCAUGCGAAUUCUUCAUCGAACGCAGCCGCCAGUAAGAAAUUGCGGCUUCUGAUCUUCAACCAGCAGACUCGCGACAGCAACGCGCUUGCACGCGCUCUUCAUGAAACUCUGUCUGAAGCCCUCAACGCCGAGCAACCCUUCACCCAUGCCAUUUUCUGCACCAAUGUCACUUACAAGGAGAGCGGAUACCGGCCAGAUCUCGUGAGCAUGAAUACCAAUGCCAGUGACGUGGAGAGACUGGCAGUUCAGAACAGCCUGGCCAAGACGUGGCAAUCCAUUGACCCCAGCGCCGAGGUCAAGGUUUAUGCGACGAUUGAAGAAGCCGUUGACUAUGCUCGAGAGCUGGCCAACGAAGAGAGAAACCGCAUUGGGAACGAUGAAGCUCCUGUGAUGACCUUUGUCACGGGGAGUCUCCAUCUCGUUGGGGGGUUCCUCGACGUGAUUGAGACCAAGCCCAGUCCGUACGCUUAG